AUGAACACUUGCCCAGGUUGUGCUAAAACCUUCAAGCAUACUGGAUAUGCUCAUCACCUAGCCCAGACCAUAAAUCCAUCAUGCGCUGCUCAAUUACAACUUUCUGGUCUUUUUCCAGAGUUGGAGGAUGGAGAUUCUGACAGUCUUGAUGGUGGAGAUGACAUUUUUGAUUCUCAUCAUCUAACAGAAUUUACAGGAGACUACUUUGGCUACUACAACAAACAAGAUCUGGAAUGGCCAGAUGAUAGCUGUGACGAGGCCCCCUUGGAAUCUGAUGGAGAGGAAGAAGAUUAUGAUGCAGUGCUUGAGCAUGGGUGGGAACGCCCUGCUGAUCCUUCACAGCAGGAUAUUGAUAGUGGAGAUGAUUUUGAAAACUUGGACAACUCAGAUGCAUCAUCACAACCACACCCAGCCAAAUGA